UUGGUAAUUCUUGACUGGGUGCUAAUUCAGUAACCAAUAUUUUAGUUUUGAAUUAAACAUUCUAAUUGUGUUAGAAAGUAGAAGUUUAUUUGCCUUCUGAUGAAAGAUGCAGAAAGAUUGAAAAUCUAAUGUCUAAGGGACAAAUUUAAACCAAUUCAGGUUAGAACUAAGAAAGAACUGAAUGAGUCUUAUCAAUCAGGAGUUUUCUUUUCUAGAAAUGAAACAAAGAAACUUGGUCUAAAUGUGAAUGUUUUGUUUGGAAUGUAGGAUUGAAAACUAAGCUGAGUUAGUAAAUUAAUGAUUUGUCUGUGUGACUGAAAUGGUCAGACUAAAGACUGCUGAGAAUUUAAAUAAGCACCUUUAACGGCUCAAACAAUUUUGUUUUGUUUCCACACCUCUGAGGGCACCUCUCCUGUACUUGCCAUGGCUGAGUCUGCACUAAACAAUGGUAAUGGCCCUGCACUGAGGCCAACAACAGAAAGACAUGGAACAGAACCUCCAAAUGUUACCAUUGAUCAGAUGUUGGACAAUCUGAAUGCAUAUUUGGGCAAACGGCUGGGACUGAGGAAGUGCCAUGAUGACAUGUGCCAGAAGUAUGGCAUCAAGCAGUAUUUAGAGAGUGGAAUAUGGGCCUUGCCGGACAUUAAAAGGGCUUAUGGAAAGAUGCAGCGCUUAAGGACAAACACUAACAGAGAUGGCUUGUCUGUGAUUUUGAUAAAACAAAUUCUACAGCAUCGACAGAAGUGUGAGACUGACAAAUCACAGCGCGAGUACAAAGCAGAGAAAGCAAAAGUUCGAGCACUUGCUGAACAACUGCAAAAUGAAAAGAAGGAAAAAGAAAGACUCUUGAAUGAUAACAACAAGCUGUUAAAGUUGCUUUCUGCAAAACCAAAUCCCAUAAAAUCUAGCAGCAAGAUAGAGAAAGAGUCACUCUAUCCAUUUAAAGACCUCAAGAAGCUUCAACAACGUCAGUAUCUGCAUGGAGAAAGUGACAGCAGCUCGACUGAGAGCCCUGAUGACAGUGAUGUUGAACCUGAGACACAUGCUAAUGUCACCAAGAAAAACAAAAAGGUUAGACUCGCUCCGGUAAUUGUCAAGAACAGAAGGACUGAAAUUGAAGUUGACAAUGAGGAGGAGUAUGAGGAGGAAGGCGAAAGAAGAACCCGCAUCGUAUCAAAAAUAAUUAAGAAAUAUGUUCCCUGUAAGACAUACCAGCCAGCUUUACCAGAGCAAGUAGACAAGUGGUCUAAGGAGUUACCAGAUGUGUACAAACAACCACGAAAAGUAUGGCAAUUUCUUCAACGUUUACAGAAGAUCUACAAUUUACAUCCAGUAGAUGGUGUGAUGAUUGUUAAUGUGAACUUGAGGGACAAGGAACAAAAGAGGAUAACUGAAAGUGUUGAAAACAGGGUAGGCGAGUCUCAAGAAAACAUUGAGGCUGGAUGGGAAGCUGUACGAACAUUCUUGUUUGAACUGAAACCUGCAGAGGUUAAUUGGGCUAGAAUUACCUCAUGUAUGCAGAAGACUGGAGAAAUUGUUGCGGAGUUCGAAGAACGCUUCAGACAAACCUGGUUGGAACACUCCGGUGUAAAUGACAGUGAGGAUCUGGACAAGGACACUAGCAUGCCUCUGAAAACUGCUUUUGUAAAUGGACUGAAACCUGAAGUUUCAAAAGCACUCAAAAUCCGAUAUGACGACUGGGACAGCAUUGGAACAUCUUUUCAAAAGAUUGUUGAGUGGUCAGCAAAGAUUGAAAGAACACAGGAAGUCAAACUCAGAGCAUUGCCAUCGAAGAAUAUGUCAUACCACAGCAAGACAAUGUGGAAUGAGCAUAAAGAAAAUGAAGAUAAUAGACAGUCAAAAACUCAAGGAAGAUGCAGGUACUGCAACGAAGAAGGACACUGGGUCCGUGAUUGUAAGCUGAGUUUAAAACGUCAAAGUGAUGAUGAGGACAACCUGUUGAGGAGGUUUCAGCAGUUGACAGAUAAACAAAAACAGACUCUGCUAAACGCUGUUGAGCCGCAGGGAAACUGAAGAGCCUCUCUCUGCAGCACCAACUUGUGACAUCUCAUCCGACAACUGAUGGACUC